UAAAGUUUAUAAUGAAAGCAGGGAAUAAAUGCCUUUAUUUUUGCAAGCAAUUUUUUAAUAUACUUUUAGGAAUAAGUGGUUUAUUAAUGAUAGCUAUUGCAAUAUACAUAUGGGUAGUAGCUAAGAUAUUCUCAAUAAUAGUUAUGUGUAUUCUGAUAUUGGGUAGUAUUUAAUUGUUUUUAUCUUUAAUAUGUAAUAUUAUGGUAUUCUAAUAUUAUAGCUCUUGGCUCUAAGAAGGCUAUGUUUAGAAUCAAGUUUUAUAAUUUUUUCUUAGGAUUUAUAUUAUUAGGAUAAAUCACGAUAACAAUAUUAGCAUUUGUAUUAGAGGAUACAUUUAUUGAUAAAGGUAAAUGUUAAUAAACAAUUUAGCAAUUGAAAAACUUGGAGAACCUGAGGAAACAGCUGAAGCUUUAAAGGAAUAAUUAAAAAAUGAAUAUACAAGAUCUAUUUUCAUCACUUUAGCAAGUUUAGGAAUUCAGAUUAUGUGUUUUUUAUUUAGUGUUUGGUAUAGAGAUUCACUUGAAAAUGCAAAUGAUAAUAGUAAACUCUUAUAUGAUGAAAAAGAUAAGUAUAAGGAAUAUAGAUUAUUUUAGAAAAUAUAUGAGUUUUGAAGAAUAUUCAUAAAAAUAAUAAAAUUAAGUUAAAGAGAAAUCAAACAAUAAUAGAAAUGAAGUUUAUUCUAGGAAUCCAGAAUUUUAUGAAUGGAAACAAUAAUAAUAAGGCAAGAAAUGA